AGUUUGUAACAGCUGCGUGGUUUCUGUCAAUAAAAUUUAUUUUUGUUCUACCCAUCAAUAUUUUGCGUUCACAGACGCGUCUUCAAACGUUUGAUUUGUGGGAUAGCUCCUAAAAUAGGAAAGAACACGAUCGACUAUCAAAAUAAACACUAAAACUUUUGCCGUCGGGAUCAAUUGGUGGGGCCGUUUAUUUAUUUGCAGUGACCUGGUGCUACUGAUAUACUGAGAUAGCUUACAUUGAUAAUCUCAUUUCUCAAAAUAUUGGUGGUUCCUGAAUUUAAGUCCCGGAUUGGCAUUGAGAAGAAUGGGUAAAGCGCGGCACCGCGGUCCGCCAGCGGCCGGCCCGGCCUCUGGCGCCGCCAACUCUGGGCCGUACCCGCGCCAGAAGCGCGCGCCGCCGGCCGGCGAUGGCGGGAGCGGCGGCGUGGUGUCGCUGCUCGUGUGGCUGGCCGCUGGCGUUCUGCUGUCCGUGGGAGGCUAUCUGGCCUACCAGGGAUACAUGGAGAGGAGGGUGAACACCCCACUGGCUGCCCCUAAGGCGGCCGACCCUCCGGCGGCCGACGACCGCUACUGGGGCUCAUACCGGCCGGGCGCCUACUUUGGUCUGAAGGCGCGCCACCCACGCUCGCCAGUCACCGGCCUCAUGUGGUUCACGCCGGCAAUGUUCCAAGGCGGCGAGCUGCCCCUCAGGCACUGGUGUGAGCAGGGUGACGGCCUAGACCGGUACGGCUGGCUACAGCACGACGGGCGUCACUUUGGCGUCCAGGAGCUGGUCGACAAACACAUCCGGCUGGAGACGACGUUUGUGAAACGGCCGGGCGGGGAGCACGGAGGCGACUGGACGGCUCGCAUCAAGGCCACGCCCAAGACCGAUGAGCUGAAUGGUAUCCAAGUAUCACUACUCUACUACAUCGCCCUGGACGACGAGGCCGGUCCCGAGGACGCUCUGGCGACCGACGCUGCCGGCGACACACUGCGCGCUGUACACGGCACCUCCGAGGCGCUCGGACCGUUCACCAUGAGCUUCCACGUGUCCUCCGGCCGGCUGCAGCGGCAGUUCUACCUGGCUGCUCGCGCGCCCGGCCUCCACCAGCUCCGGGAGACGGCCGUGCGCGGAUUCCGGCUCGUGCAGACUGCCGAUCAGCGGUAUAUCGGACUGGUGGGGGAGAUGUUUGGAGCUGGCGCCGAGCGCACGCCCAACUUUGUCGUGUUCCAGGCGGUGGCGGCGGCGCCGUUUGAGCUGGAGGUUAGGUUUGAGUCGGGGAGUGCCAGUGCCGAACGCCCUGCGCCGCUCGGUGGUCAGCUGUAUGACCUGCUCCUGGCGAAACAUCGCGAGGAGUUCGCGCGGACGUUCGAGCGGAAGUUCUCGCUGGCGCAGAAGGGAUACAGUGCGGAGGAGUUGCGGUUCGCGCAGGCGGCGCUCAGCAACAUGGUGGGCGGUAUUGGUUACUUCUACGGCUCGUCGCUGGUACAGUCGCGCUAUAACGCGGAACCCGUGCCGUACUGGCCCGCGUCGCUCUAUACUGCCGUGCCGUCGCGAAGUUUCUUCCCGAGGGGCUUCCUGUGGGAUGAGGGCUUCCACAAUCUGCUUCUGUCACAGUGGGACAUGGAGAUAUCCCGAGACAUUGUGGCUCACUGGUUGGAUCUGAUGAACACAGAGGGAUGGAUCCCUCGUGAGCAGAUCCUCGGAUCAGAGGCACGCAGUAAAGUACCUUCUGAAUUCGUGGUGCAGCGCAAUUCGAACGCCAACCCGCCGACUCUGCUGCUGUCGCUAAAUGCCAUGGUUCGGCGUAUGGGCUCCCAUCCCACCGAGACCGAUAAAGACUACUUGAGGCGACUGUGGCCGCGACUACGGACCUGGUACGCCUGGUUUAACGACACACAAACGGGAGAACUGGCUGGCUCGUAUCGGUGGCGCGGCCGCGAUCCGCGAGCGGUCAACGAACUCAACCCUAAGACGCUCACGUCUGGGCUGGAUGACUUCCCGCGCGCGUCACACCCGAACGCGGACGAACGACACGUGGAUCUGCGCUGCUGGAUGGCGCUGGCAUCGUCACUACUCGCCGACAUCGGUGAUGUCAUCGACGAGCCUGCGCAGCAGUACCGACGCACGUUCGACUUUCUGGCAGACCCGGCUCGGUUGGACGCGCUUCACUGGAGCGAGCAGCUGGGAGCGUUCGCCGAUUUCGGCCUACACACGGACUCUGUGCGACUGGUGCGGCCGCCGGCGCCGGCGCCCGACCGGCCGGGCCAGCGGCCGCCGCCGCCACCGCCGGGGCUGGUGCGGCGCGCCGACCAGGAGCCCGAGCUGCGCUUCGUCAACGCGCUCGGCUACGUGGGUCUGUUUCCCCUGCUGCUGCAGCUGCUGCCGGCCGACUCACCACGGCUGGGCAGGUUGCUGGAUAACAUGGAGGACCCGCGCGGUCUAUGGACCGAGUUCGGGCUGCGCUCACUCGCCAAAACGGCGCCACUCUAUAACCGAAAGAACACGGAGCAUGACCCACCGUACUGGCGAGGUCCGAUCUGGAUCAACAUCAACUUCCUAGCAGUGCGUGCGCUGCGGUACUACGGUGAUACACCUGGGCCGCACCAGGAGCGUGCCAAACAAGUGUACGACAAACUGCGACACGCGCUCGUGAGGAACAUUGUGAAAGAGUACAAGCGCACGGGGUAUGUGUGGGAACAGUACAACGAUAAGACGGGCUGGGGCCAGGGGUGUCGGCCGUUCACUGGCUGGUCCGCACUAGUCGUGCUAAUCAUGGCCGAGACGUACUAGUCCUGACAGGAGGGCUGUGGCGACGCGUGCAGAACUCAUGGGCAUUCUCCACUGCCUGCUGUGCAUUCCCACUGUUAUUUGUGAGACGUUGGGCUGUUUUGAGCGAUGGGUCGGUGAACAAUAUAUGGGAUUCGAGGGA